AUGUCGUCCGCGGCGGUCGCUGCUUCCUCCCGGAGGCAGUCGUGCUACCUGUGCGACCUGCCCCGCAUGCCGUGGGCCAUGAUUUGGGAUUUUACCGAGCCCGUAUGCAGAGGAUGUGUCAACUACGAAGGAGCAGACCGCAUUGAGUUUGUUAUAGAGACAGCCAGGCAGCUCAAGAGGGCUCAUGGCAUUCAGGAGGGCAGGUCUCCGGGGCCAGGGAAGAAGGACUUCCAGGCAAUGAACCACGCAGCAGCGGGAGACCCGGGCUCCAGACCCCCACAGCCACUAGACCGAUACCCUCUGUCCUCGGAGCGGCCACCCAGGCUGGGGCCAGAGUACCAGUCCCGGGGACAGGCCAACGGCAUCACGGUCCACAAUGGAUUCCCUAAACCGGACGAGCCUCCAGAGUUGAACCGCCAAAGCCCCAACCCCCGCAGGGGCAACGGCGCGGUGCCCCCAAACCUGGUGCCUUUGGUAAAUGGGGGCCCGGGACCGCAGGUGCACAGUGUGAACGGCAGACCGAUGGGACUGAGCUCCGCUCUGGCGUCUGGGAACCCCGCAGACAUGGGCAAGAGACCCGCGUCAGUGUCCAGCACUGAGCAUGACAAGGACAAGCACCACCGGCCAGACAGCCUGACCCCAGACAUCAGCGACAGUCACAAGAACCGCGCAGAGCAGGAGUGGAUGGCCAAAGGCAAAACCGUGAGGGACCUGAUGGCGCUGCACACUUUCGACAGAUUCAAGAAGGACCAUGCGGUCAUGCAACAAAGACCGAUGGUGUACGAGUCUAGUGCCACCGCCUCUAAAUCAGACAGAGGAAAACACCCCCGCAGCGUGAAGCGAAAGGCGUCUCCGGAGCCCGAGGGAGAGGGCACGGCUGCCAAGAUGAACGGAGAUGCACAGCCCUGGUUACCACCUCCCUCCGAUGGACACAAAAUGCCCCCAGUGCCCCCUCCAAACUUCGCCUCUGCAGCCUCCACGAUAUCCCCACAGUCCCGCACCACCCCUCCUGAAGCAGCCCAGAACGGCCAGUCCCCCAUGGCGGCUCUCAUCAUGGCCGCAGAUAACGCCGGGGGCAACACUUCACCGAAAGACGCAAACCAGGUGCACUCAACAACCCGCAGGAACAGCAGCAGCCCGCUCUCCCCCUCCUCCAUGAACCAGAGGCGGCUGGCCCAGAGGGAGGGCUCGGGUGCCGGGACCCCUCAUGUCCCGGGCAUGGACCAGGUGCACCCCCAGAGCAUUCCGGACUCGUCUGUACCCGGCAGCAUACCCCUGUGCUGUACCUUGUGCCACGAGCGCUUAGAGGACACACAUUUUGUUCAGUGCCCCUCUGUCCCCUCUCACAAGUUCUGCUUCCCGUGCUCCAGGGAAAGCAUAAAGCAGCAAGGUGCCACAGGCGAGGUGUACUGUCCCAGCGGGGAGAAGUGUCCACUGGUGGGCUCUAACGUACCCUGGGCUUUCAUGCAGGGGGAAAUCGCCACCAUCCUGGCAGGAGAUGUCAAAAUAAAGGUCUGGUGGCAGUUCCUGUUUAACGUAGAAUGUGACUAA